AUGGCGGAAACUAUGCAAGUCGACCAGUCGAAAUUGAAGGCCUAUGAGAAUGCAGCUGCCGGCCACGAUGGAGUCCUGUCAGAUGAAUCCGGAGAACUGGUGAUCAAGCCAUGUACCGAAGCGGAAGUUGCCUUCUACCAGGAAAGUCUGGCCGAACACCCCAAAUUCUACGAAUUGAUGCYGACGUUCAUGGGGACGCUUACACUUGGUGCCCCACAAGUUCCCGGGGCUGAUGCGGAAGAGACUCUGACUCAAGAGGAGAAGGAUCAAAAGCUACUCCAUGGCAAGAAGCUCACGACUGAGACUGGAAUUGUUCUCGAGAAUAUCGCAUAUGGCUUCAACAAGCCCAACGUCCUGGACCUGAAGCUUGGCUCUCGAUUGUAUGCCGAUGGGACUUCUGAGGACAAGGCGGAAAGACUUGACAAGGUCGCCUCAGAGACGACUAGUGGAUCUUUAAAUUUCCGAAUUGCUGGCAUGUCUGUUUGGAACGGCAAAAGCUUCGACACGUAUGACAAAUUCUACGGCCGCAAAUUUACUGCAGAGAACGUCAAGGAUGGCUUCGCGGCAUUCUUCAGCAGUCUCGCAACGGGGAUGAGCAAAGACGAUGCUCGUCAGAUUCUCGAGACCAUCCUGGCGGAAAUCACAAAGGCUCGCCACAGUCUGGAGCGGUCCGAAUCAAGGAUGUACAGUGCUAGCAUCCUGAUCGUCUACGAGGGAGACAACGAGACAUUGAAUGCUCAGAUGGGAAACCAGCCACCUGCGCCUCCUUCCGCCGAUGAGAAAGCACCCACGACGGCCGCUGUCAAGGCAACUCUGGAGGGCGAUGAGGACGAGGAUGAGGAGGCACCUCCUUUGACUCAUCGGGUCAAGAUGAUUGAUUUUGCUCAUGCGGCGUGGACAYCAGGCCAGGGUCCUGAUGAGAACGUUAUCACGGGAUUGAAGAAUAUUGAGGAUCAGAUGGAUACUCUGAUUGCCCGAUUUGAUUGA